AUGAAAGAUCCUAUUGUACAUUUAACACCACAUUAUCAGGUUCCAUCAGGGAUCGCAAAAUGUUUCGCAGUAUCUUGUUUGAUAUUUCUGGUUUAUCUUCUCCUUUCAUCAGUUCUUGUUCCAAAUGUAAAUCAAUUGUAUCAUUCAAUUUCUCCCCAGAAUGUGCCCCUGUCCCCUGCCUCUACAACUUCCCUUGAACACAUUGUAUUUGGGAUUGCAUCUUCCAAUAAAACAUGGUUUAGAAGGAAAGAAUAUGUUAGGCUAUGGUGGCGGCCGGAAACAAUGAAAGGAUGUGUUUUCCUUGAAGAAAUGCCACAAAACUCACCAUCAGACACAAAUGAUUCUGUUUCUCUUCCUCCUCUAUGCGUUUCAGGUGACACUUCUCGAUUUCAGUACACAGAUAAGAUUGGUCUAAGAUCAGCAAUCCGUGUAGCCCGGAUGGUAUCAGAAACUGUGGCUUUAAACCACAAUAAUGUCAGAUGGUUUGUGUUUGGAGAUGAUGAUACAUUUUUCUUCCCUGACAAUCUGGCAAAGACCCUGGCAAAGUAUGAUCAUGGCCUGUGGUAUUAUGUUGGGACUAAUUCAGAAAACUUCCAGGCCAAUGAAAUUUUUUCGUUUGAAAUGGCAUUUGGUGGAGCUGGAUUCGCUAUAAGCUACCCCCUUGCUGAAGUUUUGGCUAAAGUUCUUGAUCCCUGCCUGGAAAGGUACCCUCAUGUCUAUGGCAGUGAUUCAAGGAUUUAUGCCUGUUUGACAGAACUUGGCGUCACUUUAACACAUGAGCCUGGAUUUCAUCAGAUGGAUGUUAGGGGAAAUAUUUUCGGUUUAUUAGCUGCACAUCCAACAAGGCCAUUGGUUACGUUUCACCAUUUGGAUGCAAUAGAGCCAAUUUUUCCCAACAUGACAACUUUGGAGGCUUUGAAGCACUUCACUAAAGCUACCAAGUUAGAUCCUCAGAGGAUCUUACAACGAGCAGUUUGUUAUGAUCAAAGAUUAUCGCUUACAGUUUCCGUGUCCUGGGGAUACACAGUUCAACUGAUCAAAGGAAAUGUGCCUCUCCCUGAUGUCUUACGAGCCCAACAGACUUUCAGGUCCUGGGGAAUGAGACCAGAGGCUAAUCUUGAUACUCAAAGAUAUGACUCUGAUCCAUGUAGGAGGCCAGUUGUUUUCUUUUUCGACAAUGUCUUCUCCAAUGGGGAUGAAAUUGUAAGCAUCUACAAGAGGAGGGAAAACAAUUGUACAAAUGAGACAAAAAUUGAUGAAAUCAGAGUGUAUUCAGAAAAGUUAGACCUUGAUAUGAAACAGGCACCAAGAAGGCAAUGCUGUGAUGUAUUGCGAUCUUCAGCAAACAGCGUUACAGGUCGCAUUAGAGAAUGUGGACCUGCGGAGCUGAUUCACAUGCAUCCAUAG